UCCUUCGCACUUCCGGUUUCUUUCCCCCCACAGUGAGACAGAAAGCAAACAAAAUGCGUUAGUUAAACUUUACAGAUGAGCUGUGGCUAGUGACAGCUUUAUUACCGCGACCCAGUAUAUUUAACCUACCGCUUAAUUAAAUGUUUUUGUCCUGGACUUCAUAGGUGAGGCUUUAAUAGGAUAGCAACCAUGCAGUUCUCUCCCACCAACGGAGAUUUCACGUUCGUCUCCUCUUCAGAAGCUGAAGACCUCAGUGGAACAAUCAGCACCCCUGAUGUUAAACUGAACAUGGCCAGUGAAGGAGGCAGGGAUCCAUACGCCACCACCUUCCUGAGGCAGCGAGGCUACGGCUGGCUGCUAGAAGUGGAAGAAGAUGACAAUGAGGAGAGCAAACCUCUUCUGGAGGAGCUGGACAUUGACCUGAAGGACAUCUACUACAAGGUCCGCUGCGUGCUGAUGCCCAUGCCGUCUCUGGGUUACAAUCGACAAGUAGUUCGAGACAACCCAGAUUUCUGGGGCCCUCUGGCUGUUGUGCUCCUUUUCUCCAUGAUCUCAAUCUACGGGCAGUUCAGGGUUGUAUCUUGGAUCAUCACCAUUUGGAUAUUCGGAUCACUUACCAUCUUCCUGCUUGCUCGUGUCCUUGGUGGUGAGGUUUCUUAUGGUCAAGUUCUUGGAGUGAUUGGAUAUUCUCUUCUUCCUCUCAUUGUCAUAACCCCUCUACUUUUAGUGAUUGGAGGGUUUGAAGUGGUGUCCACGUUAGCCAAACUCUUUGGCGUGUUCUGGGCUGCCUACAGUGCCGCUUCACUUCUCGUCGGAGAUGAAUUUAAAACUAAGAAGCCCCUUCUCAUAUAUCCCAUUUUCCUAUUGUAUAUCUAUUUCCUGUCACUGUAUACUGGUGUGUGACUGGAUGAGUCAGAACUACAGACCUUAUGGCCAUGGACAGUGACCCUGAGUCAUGUUGGGGUCAUCAAACAACUAAACCCAGGAGGUCUUUUUUUAAAGACAUAUUUGUGUUUUUUUUAACUGUACAAUUCUAGGCAGUGAGGACAUUGGGAAUAUGACUGUAAAUAGUUUUACCCUUUUCUUUGUUCAAUAAAAUUAAUCGGAUUUUGCAGCUUGUA